AUGAAAAACGAUUGGUCAAUCAUGACCACAUUUAAAGAUCUCAAAAUGUUUUUGGAAUCUUCGUUAAAUGAGAUUUUCAAGGCCACGGUGAACGACAUUCUGAACUCGGUCGACAGGAACUUGUCGGAGUAUCAGUGCAAAAUACAACGAAUUGAAUAUGAAAACGAAGACCUGAGGAGGAUGUUGUUUACAAAAAGCAAUACAGAGUGUCCGCUAGCAGACCCAAGUGAUGAAGAGUGUGUCGGGUCGUGCUCGGCAUCAAACAGGAAUGCCGUCACCAUGACGACCCAUCAGGAGAUCUUCAAAAUGUCGAUACGCAGCAGUGACAAGAAGAGCUCGCGGAGGAAAAAUAAAGACAAGAUGAGAGAAAGUAAAGGACCAAACCAUUAUCCGUCUGAAGACAUGACAGUGGACCCCAACGUGUCUGAUGCCACGUUGUCCAUCAAGACAGAACCCGACCUACAGAACAGUAGCGCAAUUGAUCUGUCCAAGCCCCCAUCCCCAGUCAACUUGACCAUAAGACCCAUUAAGCCUAACGCUCUCGGUGUACCUCACGGUAGUCCAGACAUUUAUCACGGUAGUCAUGACGAAUACACAUCUCUGUGUUCUGACCGGGACCAGGACUCCAACAGUAGUGAAAGCGAGGUCCUAGUUGCUGGGGUCGACGCAGAGGGAAUGAGUGAGAUCAACGACGGACAUCUUAUCAAGGCAGAAAUCAACGGGAACGUGCCGUGCAGCAGCGGCGAGAGCAAAGACUGUUAUCCAGACACAGCGGAACGCCUGAUGGAUGCUGGGAUUAACCCCCGCAGGCUGGGCCAGGAGGAGGAUGUGGCACCAGGUGCCAGGGAUAACCACGUCCCUGCUGACGCCGUCUCCUCUGCUUCGGACUUCCUGGAGAGCCGCGACAACUUCCUGCACUGCCUUGUGCGUCCUAAGACACUCAACCGCGCCACCACCCUCAACGUGCACCUCAAGGCGCAUAGUGGCGAAAACAAGAACCACGUGUGCUGCUUAUGUGGCAAACAAUUUGGCCGGGCCGACUUGCUCAAGUCGCAUAGGCACACACACACAGGUGAGCGUCCAUACGGCUGCACCCUGUGCACCAAGACCUACGCCCACCCCAGCCAGCUGCGUAUACACAAGCGCGUGCACACGGGCGAGCGGCCGUACUCUUGCGCGUACUGCGGCAAACGCUUCAACGAGCACAACCAGCUGAAGGUGCAUCUGCGAACGCACACAGGUGAACGGCCGUACGGCUGCGGCGCCUGUGGCAAGACCUUCAGCAACGCGGGCAACCUGCGCAUCCAUGAGCGCAUCCACACCGGGGAGAAGCCAUACUGCUGCGCCCAGUGCGGCAAGCGCUUCAACGGCCUCGGCGAUCUCAAGACCCACUACCGCGUGCACACGGGGGAACGGCCGUACAGCUGCCCACUGUGCAAGAAGACCUUCAGCCAGGCCGGACAUCUCACCAUACACACCCGCAUGCACACGGGGGAGCGGCCCUACAGCUGCGAAGAGUGUGGCAAGAAGUUCACAGUGGCAAGCAGCCUCAAGCUGCACCUGAGGACACACACCGGGGAGAAGGAGUACAGCUGCUCGUACUGCAGCAAGAGCUUCAGCCGCUCGGGGCACCUGAAGAGACACGAGCUGGUGCACACCAAGGACAAGGUGUUCCUGUGCAGCACCUGCGGUAAGACCUACACGGACCAGUCCUCACUCAAGAAACACCUGCGAACGCACAGCGGGCCGGCUGGGGGGGACAUGAGCCAGGCCGGGGGGGGGGAGGUCACUGGAGAUUAGUGUGA